CUAAGUGCAGCAAACAGCAGCAGCAACACACACAGUCUGGGACCCUGAUGCGGCAGCAAAAGUGCCCGGCGGCCUCUCUAGACAAAGUUUCGGGCCUCAGCAUAUGGGAACGUGCGGGGACUGCAGCAGCAACAGCAGCAGCAGUAGACGGCAGCAGCAGCACCGAACUGCAAAACGGCGAAGCUGAGGAAUCAGAGCCUAUGGAGAAACUCCUCGACUGCCCGGCGGCAGCGGCCGCCCGCGUGCUGCAGCAGCUGCUGCGGCGGUUGCUGCAGCCUGUGAAAAGCGCCAAAGAUGCACAAGACGCCCUGGCAGCCCUGACAGAUCUUCUGACGCUGCGGGGCCUGGAUGACUUGAAUUAG